CAGACAUUUCCUUGGCUGCACGUCUGGACCAUGGACAGGGAUCUGAGUGACGAGGACAGUGUGGUGGACCUCAGCUUUGAGGCUGAGAGUCCUCUGGCACCCCCGGCUGAACUCCUGGAGAGGCUGCCCAGCUGUGACUGGUUUCUUCAAGGGGACAGACACCAGAUAUUCUUCCCCCCUUUGGAGGCUCCGGGGAGACCUCAGGAUCAACGGUGCUGGUCCUGGUUCCUGGAACACAGAGUCCCUGUGGUGACAGAGGAGGUGGCCCGGGAAGCCCUCCUCAGCUUCGUGAACUCCAAGUGCUGCUAUGGCAGUGCGGCCGCUGGCGACCUUGUCAUCAGGGAGCUGAAGCAGCAGGCCCUCUGCAGGUAUCGACUAGAGACCUUCAGCGAAUCCAGGAUAAGUGAGUGGACGUUUCAGCCCUUUACUAACCACUCUGUGGAUGGGCCACAAAGAGGGACUUCCCCCAGGCUUUGGGACAUCAAGGUCCAGGUCCCCCCAAUGUUUCAGGAAGAUACCAGGAAGUUCCAAGUUCCUCACUCAUCACUGGUCAAGGAAUGCCACAAAUGCCACGGGCGAGGACGCUACAAGUGCAGCGGCUGCCAUGGGGCUGGCACGGUGCGGUGCCCAUCCUGUAGCGGGGCCAAGCGCAAAGCCAAGCCUGCCCGGCGUUGUCAGAUGUGCUCAGGGUCCGGCCGGCGGAGAUGCAGCACAUGCUCGGGGAGGGGCAACAAGACCUGUGCCACCUGCAAGGGGGAGAAGAAGCUGCUGCACUUCAUCCAGCUGGUCAUCGCGUGGAAGAACAACCUUUUUGAGUUUGUAUCUGAGCACCAGCUGGACUGCCCUGGGGAGCUGCUUGCUAAAGCCAGAGGAGAGAUCCUUUUUAAGGAUGAAAACACCAUGGUGUACCCCAUUGUGGACUUCCCCCUGAGGGACAUCUCUCUGGCCUCUCAGCGGGGCAUCGCCGAGCACAGCGCUGCAUUGGCCUCCCGAGCCCGCGUCCUGCAGCAGCGCCAGACCAUUGAGCUGGUCCCUCUCACGGAAGUUCGUUAUUGGUACCAAGGAAAGACUUAUGUCUACUACAUCUACGGCACUGACCACAGAGUGUACGUGGUGGAUUACCCCGAGAAGUACUGCUGCGGCUGCACCAUACUCUGACAUCGCACAGCUGCCCCCAGCGUCUGCCACUCACAUUUGCCAUCGAGGAUUGCGGAGGUUUCUGCAUUGACUCACUGUUGACUGCUCUGGACAAUUACAUGCAAACCCCAGUGUGUCCUUCCAGAAAAUUCAACUCCUCUGUCAAAUGACUAGUCUUUCUGGAGCCCCUCUGCUGGAAUCUGUCAUGUGUUUAACCUACGAGAAUUCAUACUACACACAGUCCUUUAGGAACCGUCCCUUAAAGGGUGGGGGCUUUGCCUCUGGCCUCUGAGC